AUGCUUAGAGUCACCAGGGCUUCAGUAGUACGUUUCUGCAGUUCAUCUGUAGGUAAAAAAUUUGAAUCAAGAAAGCAUAUUGAAGAGUAUCUCUCGAGAGCUACAUGGAGGAUUGAAGAUUAUAUACCAAAUCCAGAGACAACGGAACCAGUAGCAGAAGAUGAAGUGAAGAAGCUGCUCAAGUUGUCAGGUCUACCAGAGGGUGACAAUGCGGAAACGCAAAGGCGGUUAGCCAACCAGUUAAAAUUUAUCAACAAGUUACAUGAUGUUGAUGUAAACCCUAGCAGUAUCUCGGAAGAUGCUCGACUUAUGUCUCGUACUCAAGAUGAGCUAACAUUUGAACAAUUGACUAUGUUAGUAAAGGCUCAAUCAAAAAACGAUGAUUUAGCGGAAAGAAGUGGGUUUUGGGAUUGUACAUCAUUGGCAACUUUGAAAGAUAACGGGUAUUUUGUUGUCAGAGGGAAUUCCAUGAAGAAUAGAAAGUAA